UCUGAUCUUUCCAUCAUCUAUUUCAGGACACUUAUUUGUUUAGGAUGAUGCUAUAAUUUAUCUUCUAAACUAGGACAUUUUGAAAGUGAAAGUGAUACCAAGUAAUGGGCUCACUCUGCUUGCUGCAAUCUGAUCCAAUUAAUCACAACAAGUUAGGGAUCAAGAAAGGAAGUUUUAAUCAGAUUAGCUAGCAUAAUCGGGAAGAUAGCAGACUAAUGUUUCAAAAAAACCAUCUUCAAGUAUUACAGAAUCUUGAGGCAGUUAUAUAGAGAAAAUGGGCAGUGAGGAGGGGGUCCAGGGACGUUGGUCUCCAGGCGUGACAGGCUCCAGGCAUCACAUUGUUCCAUUCUUUUGUCAGCUGUGGUGGAUACCUUGUAAGUGUGUUUCCCACCUGUGGUCAGCCUGUUCCUGGAAAGAAGCUCAUAGAACAAAGUUUUAAUUUAUGAAGCUAUAAGGGAGUACCUGCAUAAGUGGAGGCCAUAAAUCAGGAAAGCAUGUGAAAUAUUUUAGAGUAUGUGAAGAGCAGUGAGUAGUCACACAGAGGAGGGGCUGGAGUCAUUUAGUGUAACAAGAUGGUCUCACUUAUGUUCACUUACAAAAGGACACGUUAUUACAAUCACACUGGGGUCACAGGCAUGACUCUGAAUUCACCCUACCCAGCUCCUGAGUUUUGCACACAGCUUGGCCAGUUAUCAUGGGAUGUUGAGAAAGCUGAUUAACAUCUCUAUGCCAUAGUUUUUUCUUCCAUAAAAUUGGGUUAAUAGUUGUACCUAGGUCUUGGGACAUUGUGAGGAUGACAUGAGUUAACACAAGGAAAGCAUUUAGAACGGUGACUGGUACAUAGUAAUCAUUCGGUGCAUUUAAACUACAGUUUUCAUCACUUUUAUACCGAUGAUGUUGGAGAAUUAAUUAACCUUUCUAAGUCUGCAAGAAUUGAACAGCAUAAUGCAUGCAACCACCCUCCCUCUUCCAGACACGACUCUUACUAUCCGACGUUGUCUCUUCUGACUAUGCAAAUAACUGUUCUAACCUCCAUUCCACAACCCUUUCCCACCCACCUACUCAUUUCUUCUGCAUGUAUUUCUUGUUCCAACAAUGUGUUAAGCAAUAUCUCAAAGCCAGGGGACAGUUACUGCUGACACUAGUUUCCUAAUCAACAAAGAGCCUUCGGGAAGCACAAUGCAAUCUGAGGGGCCUCGGAUGUGGGUGUGAUGAGCAUACUCUCCAGUCCACCCAUGAAACAUUUUCACUGACUUCUCUAAAGUAUUGCAUUAGGCAACGAUACGAUUCUUUAAGCCCAAGUUAGAAGAGGCUGCUGUUUUCUGGAAGAGACACUAUGGCGAUCCUUAUUGAGUGUCUCCUAGUCGCGACAAGAUGGGCUUGAGAGGAAAGAAGUCUGCCAAGGCCUGAAGCUCCAAGUGCCUUGGUGAUUGAAUAAGCGUGAUACAUAACCCCUGCCAUAGAGAACUAGAAAGGUGAGAAAACUGAGGUUCUUACUACUAGCUCAUACAACUACCAUCAACAACCCCAAAUGGCCUCCCAAGAACUUGGUAAUGCAGAGCUGGGGACAGCCUCAGCAAGUGGUACCCCAGGAAGCCAUGUGGAACCAGGGGUGGUGAAAAAUUCUGCCUACCAGCCCAUUGAUAGAUCACAAAAUUACCAGAAAGUGGAACUUCAAGCCCUUGGGGCCAUCCAGAUCCUGAAUGGAGCAAUAAUUCUGGCUCUGGGUGUUUUUCUGGGUUCCUUACAAUCCUUACCCCAUCUCCUCAACAGCUAUUUAUUUACCUUCUACACAGGCUAUCCGCUAUGGGGCACUCCAUUUUAUAUUAUUUCAGGAUCCUUAUCUGUUGCAGCUGGGAUAAAACCCACAAGAAAACUGGUGGAAACCAGUUAUGGGAUCAACAUGUCCAGUGCUACAAUUUCACUAACUGGGUUUAUUAUACUCUCAGUGCAUUUAGCAGUUAAUAAGCUGUCAAUCAAGACUUGUCCAUUUUCGCAGUCACCAGACUCAUGUAUUUACAUGGGUGCCGUAGCAAAUGGCCUUGUGUCUAUAAUGCUGAUCUUUACCUUCCUGGAAUUGUGCAUAACCGUCUUUCUCUCAAUCAUAUGGUUCAGAGCAAAUUGCUGCCAUUCAAGAGAGGCAAUUUCGCCACCUCCCAAUUCUGUGGAAUCAGGAAUGCCUCCUGAUGAAAGUAAAUCUGAGAAUAAGGAAAUUCAACUUCAAGUCUCCCAAUGAGUCAGAGCUCCAUCCAAGAACUCAAGAGAACAUGAGCCUGUGAAACACAUUUCUACUAUCAUGGCACCAAUCAUGAGAAACUUGGACAUUUAACUCAAUCCUUUCUGUCCUAAUUAUAAAUCCCAUUACUAUGUCCUGGGUAUGGAAAGACAAAUAUGCUUCUUCAGGCAUUCUUGGUUUUGUAACUUCUGUGAUCACCACUCCAAAGGUGUUUCCAGAAGUUGGUUUUCUUUCUUCUUACCCACCUAUUCCAUCGCCUUAUAAGGUUUAAAGAAGGCAGGAAGAAUAAUCCCUAUUUCUUGUAUUUUCUCUAAAAUACCUGCCUACCACCCAAAGAGAAGGAAAAUGAGUCAGAUCUUUUUUUUUCCAUUACAGAAAAAUGUACCUUACUUUAGUUGACAUCAGUGUUGCAAAAACUGUCAAAAAAUUAUCAUUAUAAUCAUUAAGAUAAAUUUUACUAUAUGUGAAGUGGGAGGAUCAAGCCUUGGAGAUUUUAUUUCAAUCAGCUGGUGAGAUUCACACAUGCCCAGAUGGGUAAAUGAUUGGAAACUUUGAGAGCAAGAUCAGCAUUUGUUCUCCAAAGGGCAGCGAGAGACUGUAAUACAGAGAAGUAAAGAAUAAGGGCUUAAGAAUCUCACAGAUCUGGGUUAAAAUUCUGAUACUGUCACUUAUUGGCUGUGUGAACUUGAGCAAGUUACUUAAUCUUUCUGACCUAUUUUUCCUCCUCUGUAAACAGGGUGUAAUAGUAUCAACUACGCCAUUUGUUGCUAUGAGGUUUAAAUAAAAAUAAAGCCAAUGUGAAAUAGCACAA